AUGCUCAACCUCUUCAGAGUCUUGGGGGACUUCUCCCAUUUGGGGUCAAUCAUGAUUCUGAUGCACAAGAUGACGCAGCUCAAUAGCUGCGCUGGUAUCUCAUUCAAGUCACAAUGCCUGUACCUACUGGUCUACAUCACAAGAUAUCUCGACCUCUUUUCAACAUCCAGCAUCUACAACGUCGUAUUUAAGAUCCUUUUUAUUGGCUCACAAAGCUACAUCAUCUACCUGAUGGCCACUGCUUACAAGCCCACCAACGAUCCCAAUGUCGACACUUUCCGCGUCCAGUACCUCCUCGGUGGCGCCUUUGUAAUGGCGAUCGUUUUCCCCUACGCCUGGACUCUGUGGGAGAUUCUCUGGGCCUUCAGCAUCUGGCUCGAGUCUGUGGCUAUCCUUCCGCAGCUGUUCAUGCUGCAGCGCACCGGCGAGGCCGAGACGAUCACGACGCACUACUUGUUUGCGCUGGGACUGUACCGCGCCCUCUACAUUCCCAACUGGAUCUGGAGAUACUUCACCGAGCCCAAUCAUAGCGUCGACUACAUCGCCGUCGUGGCGGGCAUCAUCCAAACGAUUCUGUACAGCGACUUCUUCUGGAUAUACUACCAGAAGGUCUGGAAGGGCCAAAAGUUCAAGCUGCCUGUAUAA